CGAUGUAAUAAAUACAUUGAAUACACUGAAUUUUUUUCUGAAUGACACAACGUUACGCUCUAUUAAAAUUGACUUGUCACGAUCUAAUGAAAAAUACGCGCCAACUCUACAUUGACUACGCUUUUAAAGCCAAGUGCGCUUAGUUCGUUGUUGCUGAAACACGAAAUGGAGUACAACAGGGGAUUAAAACUCGGCACGGCGUUUACUGUGCUGAUAGUCCUAGUCGCAAUUUAUUACAGAAACUCCGACAACAUUCUACAGAAACGUUUGCAAGCGUUGAUCCAUGGCUUGGAGAAACUUGAGAACAAACACGUGAUGACAUCGCGGCCGAAAGUUGCGAUAGGUUAUGGUGUCUGCACGGAUGUGUACGUAAACGCCAAGGAUUUGCUCGGCUACACCGACGAGAUCGGACAACCGCAACACUACGACGAAAUUAACACGGAGCUGGAACUUUUAAAAAGUUUUGCUUAUUACUUUCGCCAUGGGGCCGCUGCAGAGAGAUACAUGCCAAACAGAACACUGUUCGACGAACUUGUUGCCAAAGCACGGUCAUUUUCAUCUUCAUAUUCUACCAUCGGUGGUAACGCAGCGAUCAUGGCCUUGAGGUUUGCAAGAGAGGGCUGCGACGUGACGCUCGCCGCAAAGCUAACUAAAUCUUUACAUCAAAUGAUACCACAGGUUAUUAACAUCGUAGGUGGUGAAGUGAAGAGGGACGACAUUCAUUUGGUAAUUGAGUACAAACACGGAGAUAUUUGGGGUCCAUAUUCCAGUGCUAGAGCUAACAGAUACAUAGUUCACAAUGAUGCCAAUAACCCUAGGAUUAGUUCGCUUGAUGCAUUUGAUAAGGUACUAUUAAAGGACGAGCCUAAUUUACUUGUUAUCAGCGGUCUACAAAUGAUGGAUAAUUAUCCAUUUCCAGAUGGCGAUAGACAGAAACUUUUACACGGAGUGAAAAGGCAGAUGACGGAUCGAUCCGCAUCGACUAAGAUUCAUUUCGAAAUGGCCUCGUUCGUGGAAGACAAACUACUUUUCGAGCUUUGCGACACAAUUAUUCCAUUCGCCGAUAGCCUGGGAAUGAACGAGCAAGAAAUAGCCAACUUGUAUAACGCAAUGUAUUACGGGAAUAUUUCAUUAGUGGCGAAUUCAACGCCACGUAUAGCGACGGUUUUAGAUCAGAUGCGAACAUUAUUGAAAUUGAUACACACGAGGAGCAAAACUAUUGAAAAUUCUCGGGAACUAACCAGGAUUCACGUGCACACGCUAGCCUACCAAGCUAUAUUCACUGUAAAAGGCUCUAUGUGGAAAAACACAAUGGCCGCGGCGGCCAAAGCAUCACUAACGGCUCACAGACACGUGUGUGCGACGAGCCACGUCGACAUUAACAAAGCCGCGUUGAUUUUAGACGAUAGUUUCUCGACAUCUAUCGUUAAUGGCACCCGGAUAGCGUUAGAUAUUAACAAACCAGUGUCCUGCUGGGACGAAACAUUAAAGAUAGAAAGCAAGAAUGUUGUUAUUCAAGUAUGUGUGGCACCAGUAUUGGUUUGCACCGAAGCAGCGCAAACUGCUGGUGGCGGAGACAACAUUUCAAGCGCGGGCCUCGUAUUGCAGAUCUAAUGCACUCUGUACUAUUUUCAAAAUAAUGGAACGACGAUUGGAUUUUUGUGCAACUCUAUUACGCAAAGUGAAAUUAGAUUUCAGUGCACGUCAGCUUAGAUUAUAGUUCAUUCCAUGAGGUAUCAUUCCAAUAUAUUCCGAUACAUUCGUCGAACGUUUUCUAAAAACGGAGAUCUGAAGAUUAAAAAGUGACACUCUUUUGACAUUUUAUUCCAUGUUAUAUUUAUACACAUUAAAAUCACAGGGCUUAAAAUUAAUAUUAAACGAUAAUUUUAAUAGUUUUGAGCCGUUCGCGUAUCUAAAUUUAGGUACUCUUCACUCAUAAAAGAUAUAUAACUAUCUCAACUUGUUGCAUAUAAUAAAAGACGCUUUUGGGAUCAUGCAUGAUAUCAAAUGACAUUUAAAAAGAAAAAAGAAGAAGAAAGUAUAAUAAAUAUCAUAAAAAUGGAGUGUUAUUUUAUUUCAUGCAUGAGAUGUCUCAACAAUUAAGUUUUAAAAUUUAAGCUAGUUGAUCACUGGUCAUUUUUGUGCCCUGUACAUAUAUAAUAGUUUGAAGUCUGUUAUUAAUCGUUUCAUUGUGAUGUAGUAAAAAUAUUGUUGUCUCAAAACGACUGUUAAAUUAAGCGACAUUUCAAGAAGUAUGACAAUACUGCAUAGCAGCAUUAGGCAUGUUACUUAUGUCUGAUAUAUGAUUCAUGCUAUGUAUGGUGCCAUGCAAUACCUAUAUUUCGUAUUUAGCAUUACUGGCGAAAUCAUGCCAUUAAAUUAUAUAUUAUAUGGAGGGUUGUGCGCUUCAGGGUCGAGUUAUGUGAUAUAGCGUUUAAAAGAAUCUACAAAAUAAUUUUCAAGUGAGAAAACAACAAAAUUCAAA